AUGAGCACCGGCAUUGUCGUUGAGGAAAGCUUCUGCUUCAAAGAGGAGACCCAGCUAACAGUACUCAAGACGUCUCACUUCUUCCCCGGCGAUGGUUUCACCGUUUACGACACCAAAGGAAAGGUCAUUUUCCGGGUAGACUCUUACGGCCCCGAUUCUCGACUCAAAGACGAACUCGUUCUCAUGGACGUCUCUGGCAAAUAUCUCCUCACCGUUCGUAGAAAGAGACCGAGCCUUCACCAACGAUGGAAUGGAUUCUUGGGAGAGAGAUGUGAUGGACAGAAGCCCAUCUUCAGUGUAAGGAGAUCAUCAAUCAUCGGACGAUCGAGCAUGACGGUGGAAGUGUAUGGGAACCCCAAUGAGGAGUAUCUGAUCGAGGGUUCGUUCCCGCAACGAUGUUGUACGUUCUACAACACCGGUUCUACAAACGAGUCGAAGGAAUCGGUGGCGAAGAUCCGAAGGAAAGUGGACUCAUCAACGAACGUAGUACUUGGGAAGGACGUUUUCUCUCACUUGUGA